AUGCUUUCUUCAGUAUUAAUCAGACGCCUAAACCCCACUAAAAGCUGCCUCCUUCGUUUGUCAACGAAUCAACCCACCUCUCAUUUCUAUUCGCAAACCCCAAAACCCCAAUCAGACCCACAAAAUCUUGAUUCCAACACUGUAUAUCAUAGCCUGUCAAGUUACUGCAAUGACUGGAAAAGAGCUCUAGAUUUCUUCAACUGGGUCGAAACAGAAUCAUCAUUUCAACACACAACAGAGACUUACAAUCGCAUGAUUGACAUAUUGGGUAAGUUCUUUGAAUUCGAUUUAUCAUGGGACUUGAUUCAGAGAAUGAGAAAUAACCCUUUUGCAAUGCCUAAUCAUACCACCUUUCGUGUAUUGUUUAAGCGUUAUAUAGCUGCCCAUCUUGUUAAUGAAGCAGUUAGUGUCUAUGAGGAUAGAUUGGAGGAAUUCAGUUUGAAAGACGAGACGUCUUAUUGUAAUCUUGUUGAUGCACUUUGUGAGUACAAGCAUGUUAUAGAGGCACAUGAACUGUGUUUCGGAAAGAACAAUAAUAGGAUCAGUGUUAGGAACAUAACAAAAAUUCAUAAUAUGAUUUUACGCGGGUGGUUUAAGAUGGGGUGGUGGGGUAAGUGUAGGGAGUAUUGGGAGGAGAUGGAUAGGAAGGGAAUUUGUAAAGACUUGUAUUCGUAUUCAAUAUACAUGGAGAUAUUGUGCAAAAGUGGGAAGCCAUGGAAGGCAGUGAAAUUGUAUAAAGAGAUGAACAGUAGGGGAAUAAAGUUAGAUGUUGUGGCAUAUAAUACAGUUAUUGGUGCCAUUGGUUUAUCAAAGGGCGUGGAUUUUGCCUUGAGGGUGUACCGUGAAAUGAGGGAUUUGGGUUGUCAGCCGAAUGUUGUGACUUGUAAUACGGUGACAAAGCUUUUGUGUGAAAAUGGCAGGAUGAAGGAAGCGUAUAGCAUGCUGGAUGAAAUGGUCCAGUCAGAGAUUGUACCUAAUGUUAUUACUUAUCAUUGUUUUUUUAGGUGUCUUGAGAAGCCAAAAGAGAUUCUUCUACUUUUUGAUAGGAUGAUUGAGGAUGGGGUUCGCCCAAGGAUGGACACAUAUGUAAUGCUUAUGAGGAAGUUUGGAAGAUGGGGAUUUCUUCGACCAGUUUUUGUAGUGUGGAAGAAGAUGGAAAUACUUGGGUGCAGCCCAGAUGAAUUUGCAUAUAAUGCUUUAAUUGAUGCUUUAAUCCAAAAGGGUAUGGUAGAUAUGGCGAGAAAGUAUGAUGAAGAGAUGUUGUCAAAAGGUCUUCCAGCAAAACCAAGGGUAGAGUUAGACACAAAGCUUGCCGAAGGAGGAUAA